AAGAGAACCCGCGUCCGAGGUCUCUCUCUCUCUCUCUCUCUCUUUAUCAUUCCAUUUCUGUUUUUACCUCCUCAGAUCUAUUUACAUGACCUUCAAUUGCCACUCACAUUCACAAAAUGCUAACUUUUGCCUCUUUCUGCAUCUGCCACCUCAGAUUGUUAACAUCUUCUAUCACUCUAUUGUUUUCAUGAGAUGGGUCAAUGAAAGCUGCGAACUUUCGUUCUUGUUUGGUGGCUCUAAACUGCAUCACCUAGGUGCUUUGCGGAACACGAGUCAUUGAGUUGGGACUCCCCCCUUGAAUCAUGGCAAGAAUGGCAAGAGGAAGACCAGAUGGGAAACCGAGAAAGCGGUUGAUCACAACUGUGUUGGUUUUAGGGAUUUUUGGUGCUUUAUUUUACCUGUAUUCUCGGAAAAGUGGUUCAUCUUAUAUUGAGUAUGGAAGCAAAUAUAUGAAAACCGGAGGAGGAGACGAUAUUGUUAUUCCAAAGACCAUCCCAGUCUGCGAUGAUCGUCUCUCGGAGCUAAUUCCCUGUCUAGACAGAAAUCUCAUAUACCAAACAAGAUUGAAGCUUGAUCUGAAUUUGAUGGAGCACUAUGAGCGACACUGUCCAAUGCCUGAGAGGCGUUAUAAUUGUUUGAUUCCCCCUCCUCCAGGGUACAAGAUUCCAAUCAAGUGGCCCAAAAGCAGAGAUCAGGUAUGGAGGGCAAAUAUACCUCAUACCCAUCUUGCAACUGAGAAAUCUGACCAGAAUUGGAUGGUUGUAAAAGGUGAAAAGAUAGUUUUCCCUGGUGGAGGAACCCACUUCCAUUAUGGUGCUGACAAAUAUAUUUCAUCAAUUGCCAAUAUGCUCAACUUUCCAAACAAUAUUAUCAACAAUGGAGGAGCACUCCGCAAUGUUCUUGAUGUUGGCUGUGGCGUUGCAAGCUUUGGAGGAUAUCUUCUUUCUUCUAAUGUAAUAGCAAUGUCAUUAGCACCAAAUGAUGUUCAUGAAAACCAAAUACAGUUUGCUUUGGAGAGAGGAAUUCCCGCAUAUCUUGGUGUCUUGGGGACACUAAGACUCCCUUACCCUAGUAGAUCUUUUGAACUUGCUCAUUGUUCUCGCUGUAGAAUUGAUUGGCUUCAAAGAGAUGGCAUACUUCUUCUUGAGCUAGAUAGGUUACUCAGGCCAGGAGGCUACUUUGCCUACUCAUCUCCUGAAGCCUAUGCUCAGGAUGAAGAGGAUCGAAGAAUAUGGAAAGAGAUGAAUGCUCUUGUAGGGAGGAUGUGCUGGAAAGUUGCUGCUAAGAGGAACCAAACUGUCAUAUGGGUCAAGCCUCUUACAAAUGAUUGUUACUUAAAAAGAGAUCCAGAUACUCAGCCUCCACUCUGCAGAUCCGAUGAUGAUCCUGAUGCUGUUUGGGGUGUUAAAAUGCAAGUUUGCAUCACACGUUACUCUGAUCAGAUGCACAGAGCAAGAGGAAGUGGUUUGGCUCCUUGGCCAGCUCGAUUGACUACUCCACCUCCUCGUCUUGCUGACUUCAACUAUUCUACUGAAAUGUUUGACAAGGAUGUGGAAGUUUGGCAAAAAGAAGUUGCUAAUUACUGGAAAAUGCUAGGCAAUAAAAUCAAGCCUGAUACGAUUCGGAACGUGAUGGACAUGAAGGCAAAUUUGGGUUCAUUUGCAGCUGCUUUGAAGGACAAAGAUGUUUGGGUUAUGAAUGUGGUCCCAGAAAAUGGGCCAAACACUCUCAAGAUCAUAUAUGACAGAGGGCUGUUAGGAACAGUUCACAACUGGUGUGAAGCAUUUUCAACCUACCCUCGAACUUACGAUUUACUCCAUGCAUGGACAAUAUUUUCUGAUAUCAUUGAGAAGGAAUGCAGUCCAGAGGAUUUAUUGAUUGAGAUGGAUAGAAUUCUGAGGCCAAAAGGUUUCGUCAUUGUCCACGAUAAGCAGUCAGCGGUGUUAUCUAUAAAGAAGUUUUUGCCAGCAUUGCACUGGGAUGCAGUGGCCAUGUCUAAUGUGGAGAAAGAUUCGGAUCAAGGUAAGGAUGAUGCAGUGUUGAUAAUUCAGAAGAAGAUUUGGCUGACAAGUGAGAGCAUUCGGGUUUCAGAAUAAUAACAUACUUUGGUAAUGCACUUUCUAGUUUAAAAAAUCUCAGCAACACUGAAUGAUACACCGUCGUGGAAAAUUGCUCUCUAAUAACUCUUUUCAUGUGCUGUUGGUGUUCUCUUACAUGUUAUUCCUAUUCUCUAAACUACAGGUAGAAGUUACAGUGAAAGGUCAUUCCAAUUCAUGUUAGUUGAAUUUAUUUGAUUUUGGACACAGGUGACCCUAUUACUGUGAUUAAGAAAAUUAGAUGAAUCUGAGGAAAUUUCUUGCUUUC